UUCGAACAUACAAAGAUGAAUCUUCAGUACAGGGUGUGCCAGGCUAAACACGUUCUACUUUUAUUCUCAGGGCUAUUUUUAGGAGUAUCACAAAUCUUGCUGGUAGAAGGUUCGGUUACAGGUUCCUCAACACGCGCUGACCUAAAGAGUACACCUAUAACAGUCACAAAUAGUACAUCUAUACAUGACUUCCAAAGUCAGAACACACCCACAGAAAAACCUACAGACCAAGCAACAUCUGAAACUACAAAUGGAUCUGUGCUUCCAGUCUUUCACACAGUUAGUGAAGCACCUGACAGUAACAUUUCAGAAACUACUUCAGAUGAACUCUUCCCCAUCAAUUCAACUACAAAAGGGGCGACAACUCCAAGACAACAUACAGAAACUACAGGU